AUGGAUUUCAAUCCUCCCAAGAGACGGUCAGCGAUAGUGGGACACAAUCAAUUUUCCUCCGUGCCGGGUCCAGGUCACGGUCCCUAUACUAAUACUAGUACCACUGCUACCAUCACCACCACCACCACCACCGCUGCAUCCCCUGCAGCGAUGACCGCAGUGAGCUCGACAGCUGCCUUAAUGGCGGCGGGCAUGGAGCCUCGAUAUCUCCCGCCUUCGCAUUGUGAGAAUUCGGGCUCGCAAAGCGCCGUUGCUCGACGACCAUCAGCUGAUGCGUCGAGUGAAUUGGGCUGGCCACAGCGCGUCCUAGGUGAAGUGAAAGAUAUGCUGCUGCUCCUGGGCCCCGACGGACGAACAUUAUAUGCGUCCCCUUCAUGUCAGUGGGUAACGGGCUACGAAGCAGCCCAGAUGGAGCAACAGCCCAUAUCGCGUUUUAUCCAUGAUGAAGACCGCGCGUUCUUUGCGACGGAAUUGGAUGAAUGCAUCGCUGUUCCCCAGCCACUCCACUGCUAUUUCCGAUUCUACAAGCGCGACAACACCAGCUGUGUCCUGGAGGCAUAUGGACAUCCGCAUAUGGCGACUCCCCGUGCGGGCAUUGGGAACGAGAAACAGUCCCAAGUCUGUAAUGGUGUUUUUCUCAUGUGUCGACCGUACCCCACCAGGAGCUCUCAACUGUUAGACUCCUUCCUAGAACACAAGAUGGAGAAUAUCCGGCUCCAUCAGCGAAUCGCGCAGCUGAAAGAAGAGGAGGAGGUAGACCUAAACGCAGCCAAGCAUCCCACUGCGGGACAUCCAAUAGCGACAGCAACGCAUACGCUGCGUUCCCCGUUCAUCACCGCCGGUUCGGAAGAUGAAGACGACUCAUCCGACGAACCAAUGAUGGCGGAUGAGUCCGAGUCACGGUCAUUCCUGGAGCCUGUGGCCGAAGACAUGUCCCAUAUCCAAGGAAUCGAGGUCAUGACCGGUCUGUACUAUGGCGACGGGGAAAGAUCCCAGGGUCUCAGCACGGGACUCCGUCAGGGCCGUCUCAUCCAUUGCAACAUGGAACCAGGCCCAUCCGACCAACCGAUGCGCGAUGUUCCCGAUGGCGACCGACGAAAGAGGCUAAAGGGUGAAUACAUGUGCACUGAUUGCGGAACAGUUGACUCGCCUGAAUGGCGAAAGGGCCCCGAAGGACCCAAGACUCUGUGUAACGCCUGCGGAUUACGCUGGGCCAAAAAGGAAAAGAAACGUCAAGACCCAAUGUAG